AAGUUUGCAUUAGUAACCGUUGCCAAGGCAGUGGUUGUUGGGACUGUAGGGGUACUGCAUCACCUAAGUUUUACUCUCGGUUCCAGUUAUUAGCUAAGCUGUAGCAAUGGCGACUGUCUUGCCACAACAGGACAAUAGCAACACGUACACAUUCUCGAGCCGCCCGAGAGCGCUGCAGGAAAGGAGGAAAUAUCGGCAGGAGCAGCAGCAGCAAUGUCCAGCAGGAUAUUAUGGAAACAUCAUGUAUGACAGAAGGGUAGUACGAGGAAAUACAUAUGCACAGCAUACCCUCCCAGCGACAGCCCAGCCUGACCCUAUUGAAAUCCAACGACAGCAUGAAAUUCAGAGGAGGGCAGUGGCCAGGAGGCGAGCUAAAGCACAGCAGCGAACUGGAACCCCACACCCUGUGGAAGGAAGAAUACAUACAGAAGUACAGACCGAAUUGUAUCUGGAAGAACUCAGUGAUCGCAUAGAAGAAGUUGAUGUUGAUACUCAAACAGAUGCAUUUUUGGAUAAACCACAAACACCCCUCUUUAUCCCUGGAAAAACGGGCAAGGAUGUUGCUACGCAAAUUGAAGAAGGAGAACUCUUUGACUUUGACAUUGAAGUGAAACCACUGUUGGAGGUACUGGUGGGAAAAACUAUUGAACAAGCUCUACUAGAGGUUAUGGAGGAAGAGGAACUGGCUCACCUGCGCGCUUUGCAACGUGACUUUGAGGAACUUCGCAAUGCUGAGCUCGCAGAAGUACAACGUAUGGAAGAGAAGGAGAGACGACACAGAGAGGAAAAGAAACGUCGCAUGGCACAACAGCAGGAAGUGCUAAAGAAGGAAAAGGACACUUCAGAUAAGAUUGCAGCCCGUGCAUUUGCCCAAACAUAUUUAGCUGACCUAAUUCCUACAGUUUUCAGCACUCUUCGGGAUAAUGGUUACUUCUAUGAUCCUGUGGAGAGAGAUGUGGAGAAGGUAUUCUUGCCUUGGCUGAUGGAAGAAACAAAGAAAUCGAUAGAGAAGAGAAUUUUGGGAAGGACUAUGUUGGACAUUAUACUUCGUGAUGUGGUUAAUAACAGAAAACAGGCUUUUGCGAAGAUGAAAUCUUAGAAACCAAAAAAUGGGGAGACAAUACAAGACCAAUUUGGGUAAAGAAGGAAUGCCAGAAAUUUUAUAUCUUUCACUUCAAUAAACAGUUCUGCUUUGCUAAAUAAACUGUCAAUCUGUGAAGAAAAUAGCAGUGUGAUGUUGCUAGUUUACAUUUGUUUCAUAUCUUUGUCUGUUUUCAUCUCUACUGACUGGCAGGUGUUUUAGUUUAAUUUCUGGAACUUCAUGCAAGCAAGUUUCUUUCUUAGGAAAUUGAUGUUACAAUUGGAAGAUAAUCGAGCUAUCCAUCCAACUUUCAAAAUAAUAGCACCUUGAAGUGUUCUGAAAGAAAACUUAAAAACACAUUGCAGUGUUUAUGAAUGUGAAGCACACAUCAAAAAUGGAAUUAUGACAAGUAUACUUUUUUGUAUUGCAAUUUGCACUGGAUUUCAUUCUUAUGUAAUUUACAUGUGUUUAGAUUAAAACAUUCCCACAUCAUCUUCUGAAAA